AUGGCAAACUCGCUGAGCUUUGCACCUCUCAUUUCCUCCAACGUCGUUGUAAACAGACCUGGUACUCCUUGCUCCGUGUCUCUGUUUUUUCAUUGCGCGUCUCUGUUUGUUUUCGAGUGUGCUGGGUUGUGGGUUUCCAUGCUUGCUACUGGCAACAAACCGCUUACCAAACCGAAUAGCAUACUUUGUGCUGAAUGUGAUGGAGAUGGUGCUAAGAAAUGUACUCAAUGCGAAGGAAGUGGAGUCAAUUCAGUAGAUCACUUUAACGGGCAGUUCAAAGCUGGAAACAUGUGCUGGUUAUGCAGGGGCAAAAAGGAGAUUCUUUGUGGUAGUUGCAAUGGUGCUGGGUUUAUUGGUGGUUUCAUGAGCACAUUUGAUGAUUAAUGUAUGAUAUCAGACAUCUGCACUACUUGGCUGUUAAGAUUUUGGCAACAAAGGAUACUGAUGAACUUCAAUCUGUACAAUUGGACCAGCUCUUUUACUUUUGGUUGUAUAACUGGAAAUAGAAUCUUGAAAAUUUAUCAUGUUGUGGCCAUUUUUCACUUUCAGGUCCAUCUUUACUUGGAUGCAUAUUGCUAUAUCCUCUUUUUCUUCCCGGCAUAUAACAGAUGCCCCUUCAUGAAUAUAACCGAGAAAAAACCUUGACCAUUUUUUUUUUGAAACAAAUAGAUUUUUACAUUAAUAAACACAUUAGAAAAAAAAAAUAAUUAAAGGACGAAAGUGCAACUCGUGUAUAAUUAGUGG